AUGCAAUCUUUGGAAAGUAGAGCUAGGAAUUUAUUAAGAUAAUUUUCUAACUCAUCAUCAAAUAGUUCAAGCUUAUCUGUCGAUAGAUAUGAUAGAGUUAAUUAAUUUAUUUCUUAAAGCAGCAAUAAUGCUUCAGAACGUUCUCAUUCAAGAAAGAAUAAAGAAAAUAGAUAAAUGAAUGGUUAGGUUUACAGACAAUAACCCUAAAGCAGAUCAAAAGGAAGGAAUAAAAUUCUUGCAAGCAAUUCUAACAACAAUAGUACUAUAAAUUAAUCUAGAAUAUAAAGAGAAUGCUCCCUAUCUAAGUCAAAGAAAAAUUUACAGACGAUGAAGAAAGGAAGUAUUCUGCAAAAUAAAGAUUCUUCUCCUUCUGAUAGAAUUGUGACAAAAAAUAGGAGUGCUUCAAGAGGAAGGAUAACAUCUAUUUAAAAGUUAUAUAGAGAAAAAGUGGAUUUGAAAACAAAAAUUAUGGAUAUGGAAGAAUAAAUUGAAAUUUAAAAGAAAAAAAUAAAGCUGAUGAAGGAAUUAGUAAAGGAAGAAUAGAAAGAUAAAAAAUCUUUGUCUAAACAAAUAAGAAAAUAAGAGGAAAUUGAAGGCAUCUUAGAAUAGUUGCAUAAUAAGAUUAAAAAUUACUAAGAGAAUGAAAUUAAAUUAAUGCAAGAAUUGAAUGAAUAACAAAAAAUUGCUAGAGAGUCUUUAUAAAAGCUUUAUAAUUUUUAGGAGGAAGCAAUACAUGAUAAAGAGGCUUAAAUUUAAUUGAAAAGCUUGCAAGAGAAAUAUAACUUUAUUGAAUAAGAAAACCGCCUACUGAAUGAAAAAAAUUAAUAAUUAUCAGCUUAAAUAAUGACAAGCAGCCAAAGUAAUUCAGAAAUAUUCUUCUAAAAUGAGCAACUCAAAAAGAACUUAGAGGAGUUAAAAAGUAUUUUAAAGGAAAAGGGCGAUCUUGCUGAAUUAGAAAUUAGUAGUCUAAGGAAAAACAUUGAAAAACUCAAAAAAACAAAUGAGUAUCUUUAAAAUAGCAAUAAUAGAGAUUACUCUAUGAGCUCAUAAGAAAGAGACCAAUUUAUUUUAGAAAUAGAGUCUUUAAGAAGUGAGCUUGAGGAAAAAGACAGAAUAAUAAUUCAAAAAGAAAAUACCUUCAGAGAACAGCUGACUAAAAUAAAUACAAAAGUAGUUGACUGGUAAAAUGAUCUUUCCAAACUGAAAGACCUCGAAUCUGAAAAUAUUUAUCUGAAAAAUAAAUUAAAUAUUUACAAAGAUAAACUGUACGAAAAGUAAAAUAAAUAUAAAUUGUUAAAACAGUAAUGGAAUGAAAUAUACACAGAUCUCAUUAGUUAAAUCUAAGAGCUUAAAGAUGAAAUGGAGCUUAUUAAAAGCGAAAAUAAAAAUUUCCUUUCAAAUUAUAGUGCAUUUGAUUCUAAAAAAAACUCCAGUUAUAAUAACGUCAAAUAAAACAAUAACAAUAAUAGUUAUUAUACAACGUAUGAAAAUAGUUAAGGCUAUCAAAAUAAUAAUAAUAUUUUUUGA